UCUCUCCGCUCCCAUUGGCCGGCGCGGGGAGGCGGUCAGCCAAUCGCGCGGCGCGGGGGGCGGGCGGAGGGGGCCUGGCAAGAUGGAGGAGUACGCGCGGGAGCCCUGCCCCUGGAGGAUCGUCGAUGACUGCGGAGGUGCUUUCACCAUGGGAGCGAUAGGAGGUGGCAUUUUCCAGGCCAUCAAGGGGUUCAGAAAUUCCCCAGUGGGUGUAAACCACCGGCUGCGGGGAAGCUUGACAGCGAUUAAAACCAGAGCUCCACAACUGGGAGGUAGCUUUGCUGUCUGGGGAGGUCUCUUCUCCAUGAUCGACUGCAGCAUGGUCAGAAUGAGGGGGAAGGAAGACCCGUGGAAUUCAAUCACGAGCGGGGCCCUGACUGGGGCCAUAUUGGCUUCAAGAAACGGCCCCGUUGCCAUGGUGGGAUCUGCUGCCAUGGGAGGAAUCCUCCUGGCUUUAAUUGAAGGAGCUGGUAUUUUGUUAACGAGAUUUGCCUCCACACAGUUCACGAACGGCCCCCAGUUGUCAGACGACCCCUCCCAGCUGCCGCCCUCCCCGUUCAGCGACUACAGACAGUACCAGUGACGGUGCUCCCGCUCGCGCUGCACCCGAGCUGUGAUCCAACCCCAGCUGUGAUCCAACGCGCUGGAGGACCCAGGUGUGUGUGUCUGUACCGGGGUCACCUCUCUCACUGGCCGCACCCACGGGACCUCCAGCGCUUUUCAGUGUAAAGCCGCACAGGAGAACUUUUAGAAGAUGACAAGUCUAUUUAUUCAUGAUAGAUUCCCUUGCUGUAAUGUUACACAUGUCUGAGCGAAUACAAGGAGGUUUAAGACAAGGACCAAACGGAGUCUUGUUGUCCUUUGGACGUGGACUGAAGGGAAAGUCUUCGGAGUCCUCUCUGGGAUGUGGUUGACCAGCCAUGGUGAACACAGCUGGAGUUUGGCCUGUUUCCCAUCGGAUUUGGGCUGCUAGACAUAUUUCAGCUUAAGGAAAAUAAUUAAUCUACACACAGUUCUACAUUCCUAAAGUGAUUAUUAUUGGGAGAAUGUGCAAGCCAGUGAAAAUUGCUUCCAGCAAUAGGUAUUUCACUGCUGUUCUUUAUUUUCUUGGCCACCCCCAUCCAGGCGACGCAUUCGCUGUCCCCAAAACCAGAGCAUGUCCAGACAGCUCAGGCACGGCCCCACAGCCCCUCCCCACAGCAGCAGGGACACGGGGAACAGGGACACAGCCACUCGUCGUGGGCUGUGGCACCAGGGGCCCUGCAGGCGCUUCUCCCUCACCCUCUGUCAGGUACCGGUGUCGGAAGCCUGAGCUGGGCUUUGCUCAGCUCAGCUCUUCCCUGCUAAUCCCCCAUGACCAUCCGUGCUGGACGGUCACUCUCAUGUCUCCACCUGAGGAGAAGCCUCAGAUUUCAGGUGUCAUCCUUCACCCCCCAGCAGCUUUUGGGGUCGGUUGAGCCCUUUGCUGUGUGGGUCCUGGUGGGUCCUGCUGCCCCACAGCUCAUUGCCCACCAAGGGGUUUCCUCCUGUUAUCGCAACGUCCCAGAGUUUCCUGCAUUUUAUUCCGACUGUCAGGGCCAUCCCGACUUGCUGCCACAGCAGGGGGAUCCUGCUGCACACCUGGGAGGGGACACGCUCCUGGGGACGCUCAGAGCAGCCCCUCCCCAAAAAACGAGGCAGACACCCCCAGCACGACACUGAACUAUUGACCUUUUAUUUCGAUCAGCUACAGCAGCUCUACAUUCCCCGAACACACUGUCCUUCCGCCACUACCACAGACAGCGCAGGAGCCGAGUACACUGCGGUGGCAGCGAGUCUUCUUAAAGCUUAGUAUUAAAUAUUAAAUAUUCUCUCAUUUAUGUUUACAUUAUUUUGUCAAGGAAAACAAACGAACAAACAAACAAAAAGACAAUUAAAUUACAGGAACCUGUGCCCUGGGCAGCAGCACCGGGGGUGGCUCCGCUGUGAGGGAUUCGCCAAAAAUCUCUUGCCCUGGGCCUGGUCGUGCGUGGCUGUGCUGGCUCCGGCGGUGAGCAGGCAGGGGGUGCUCAGGGGGGCCAGGGGACCCGCGCCCUUUGCUCUCGGAAAUCGGGGUGUCUGGGGAAGUGGGGGUGGCCCUGGUGCAGCUAAAAUGGGCUGGGGAAGGCAAGGCCAUGAUCCCACCUCCCCUCAGCCCCAACCCGUGUGUGGGGAAGGGGGUGAGGAUUUGGUCAACAAUUUUGCUACAGAAUUUUUGUUUCUUUUUUUUUUUUUUUCCUUAAAAAAAAAACCAACCAACCAACAA